CUGAAUUUCAUGAUUGGCACUAAAGUGCCUUAUAAUGGUUGUCUAAUAACAUAUUGUGACAUGAGUAAGGGGGUCUUCUUUAUUACAGUUAAAAUAUUUCACUUUGUUUAGAAUAUUGCGGUAACUACUGUGAAUGUAGCUCUGCCUUCGGCAAAAUAUACAUCAUGACAUUCAGCAUCAUGCUAUCCUAUUGUGCAAUUGUUAUAUACAUUCAAAAAAUGAUGAAUCUGGGGCUGAAGCUGGUGCAAAUUGCACAAUUGUUCCCAAGUUGGAUCUUGGUACUGGUAGUACAUUGACAUUGUAUAAAAUUACGACAAAUCAAAAUCUUUUCUAAAACCUAAUACAAAUACUUGCCAAAUGAUAUUAUGAAACCGACUUUCUGUCAAAUAGAAAGCAAUAAGUAAUUAUCCCAAAUAAUUUUUAGGAGUAUCGCUGAAAUUUCAAUCUUUGUUCAAAUUUGCUCGAAAUUUGUUCGCCAGCGAAUGUAGACAAAGCAAGAUUCGGAAGAAGAACCACAAGAACGAACUUUAAAUAUAAUUUUCAGGCUUAAAGAUGAAUAACAAUGUUUACAAUACAUAAAUACAAUACUUUUAUAUUACGCGUAUGUAUUACGUAAUGAUAACAAAUUAUCCAUUGUAUUUAUAUAGCUCAGUGCUUGGUAACCAAGCCUUAAAGUGAUCCCAAAAAAUUUUUCUGCUAGCCGCACGGAUCCGCCAUUUUGGAAGGAAGAUUAUUAAGAUUGUGCUAUUGUAAUGUUUUUAAGCGAAAUAUUUCGUAAAGAAUGAACGCAAUUACCGACUCGUUUGUGGAAAAUGCUUCGUUACACAAUGUAAAAGAUCCCCGUUGGUUGCAAGUUGAAGUUUGUAGGGAAUUUCAGCGUGGAAAAUGCGCAAGAGCGGAGUCGGAAUGUCGAUUUGCACAUCCAGAUGAAAACGUACAAGUUGAAAAUGGAGGAAAAGUUACAGCUUGUUUUGAUUCAAUGAAGGUAUAUUUUUAAGUUUAUUGUUUGUUUUAUUUAUGUACAUCUACUUUAAAAUUUAAAACAGAAUUUUAGUUCAGAUAUAUCAAUAUAAACUUUCGUAUUAUCACUGUUUAUAUGCCUAUAUAUUUGUAAAUCAUUUUGUAUGGUUACUCGUCUGAUCUUAAAAACAAAUCAUUUCGCCGCUUGGAAACGUUGAAAACUUGAAAUGCCUGUUCCGGAAUGUCAUUAUUGUCUUCAUUUUUAUUUAUUCAUGUUAAUUAAUGUUACAAUUUGGACAGAAUUUGUUUUAAAUAUGUUACAUGCAGCUGUCUCGAGUUCUGGUAUAAUCUUUGCCCAAGUCUUUGCCGACCUGUUGUCAUCAUUAGUUUCAAGACACAUUGUCUCCAAAAUAGACUGCUUAUGCACUAGUUCAUUCACACUCUUCUCAGAGAAAAUAUCACAUUGACAAACACAAAAAAAUUAGUCAUUUGAUUCAUUAUGUCAUGGACCAUGGACAUGAAAUUAGACAGGACGCGCCCAGAGGUUUUCUCCGCCUUGUCGCAUUCACCUUCCAUGAGUUAAAAGUUGCCUGACACCAGAAAACAUCUGCACCCACCUCUUAAGAUAUAGCUCAUUUUCUCACCAUUAGUAGACAUUAGUACAAAAUGACUGUACAUAUACAGAGGCAGCGGAAUGGGGGGGGGGAGACAUUGGGGGUAGGUCCCCCCCCCACUUUUUGUGCAAGGAGAAAAUGUGCCCUUUUUGUGGAAAAAAGUGCCCUUUUUUCCAGCAGUUACAGAGGAAUUAUAAAUGCCCCCUUAAGCUAAGAAGUAUAUGAAUGCCCUGUCUUAUUGUUAAUUGCAUGUAAUCAAGGACAGAACUGAUGAACUGGAGUUUUAUUGCUAUUAGACUUUGUUAGGCCAAAAAAAAUAUAUGUGGGUUUCCGGUUUCCCGACCCUACCUAGCUUUUGGACGUCGAAAUCCCGACCCUAAACUUUUUUAUUGGAUCAUGCUUGUAAGUGUUUCUAGGCCUUUCCCGAUUGCGCUGGUAAAAUCCUAAAAAAGUGCUGGCAAAAAUGGCUAAAAAGUGCUCAAAAGUGCUCAAAAUCUCAAAAUAGUGCUCAAAAAGUGCUAAAAUUGUGAACAGUUACCUCUAAGAUUUUCGUAAAUUUUUUAAAAUCAGCAUUUUUUUAAAUCUGUUUCCACGUCUUUCUCCAUAUAUGGAACAAACUUCCGUAUAUGGAGUUGUUUACGACAAAAAAAAGAGAACUCGAAAAAGUCAGCGUUCUAAUUUUUUAACUGUAAUGUCAUAUGCAGCUGUACGGCUUUUCUUUUGGAGUUAUACCUAAAUUAUAUAUAAAACAAUAGUAUAAUACCCGUCAAUUUUUAAACCUUACUCCGAACUGUAUGUUUAGUUAAUCGAGGUAAGAAUCGAAUUCUAUAAUCGCUGACUUUUUGUUGCUCAAAAUUCGCUCGAAAUGUGAAAUAUUGCUCAAAUGUUGCCCAAAGUGCGAAAAAGUGCUCAACGUUGCUCAACAUGCAAAAUGGUGCUCCAAACAAAAAAAAGUGCUCAAAAAGUGCCCAGCGCAAUCGGGAAAGGCCUAAGUGUUUCCGCUUAGAGGAAAAACUUUGUGGAAAAUUGAAAUUUGAGGCAAUAUUAGGGAAAUUUAUCUUUGGAUGUGGAAGCACUGACUAAACAAAAUGGCGUCCGGUUGUUCGGAAAAUUAAAAAAAAAGUUUAAAAAAAAAAGUUAAAACCGACCUACCCUACCUAAGUUUUUAUAAGAAGAAACCGGAAACCCACAUAUUUUUUUUUGGCCUUAUCAAAAAUGACCGGAGAUUUUUUGGCAAUUUUUAGUCAAAUUGCAUUAAUUAAUUUGAAUUUUGAAUGGUUAAUGUGUUCAUGUUCAGUUUAUAAAGAUGCAGAGGUAUUAGAGAAUAUGUAUAACAUUCGAGGCUGUAUAUAUUGCAUGCGUCCAAACUUCUAGACCUUCUAAGGACACAUUUAACAUAUUUAGAGGUGCUUCCAUGGUCUCUGACUGUAUACAAAAUUUUGAAGUCAAUAUUUCAAACAGUUUUUUAUUUACACCUACUUAAAAUUGAAAUUAGAGGGUUCGAAAUAACGAUUCAUGAAUCAUGAAUCAAUUUUCAUUUUUCACGAACACAAUUUCAUAAAAAUUUAUCAAAAUCACGAAUCAAAAGUCUCUCAAAUUGAUAAAAAUAUACAAUAAUAAAUUCAGUUCUUUGUAAAUGUGAUGAAGGAUCAUAUAUUGUUGUCAGAUUAUACUUAAAAACAUUAUAAUUCCACCCAAAAUUCUAUUUCUUUGCGAGUUUGCGAUGUGUAUAUUUGAAAAUUGCAGUGCUUCCACUUUUAACUUCCAAUUAGUGAAAAUUCCUUGAAAAUGACUUAAAAUUUCCUUAAAAUAAAAAAAUUAAUUCACGAUCCAUUUCUACACUGGCCUACAGGCCAAGUGUCUUAAAUCCCUCUUUUUCUGUUUUCUGUUUUCGACGAGAAAUGGAGUUUGCAUUAGGUCAUCGCAGGCUGAGGGUGCAAUGUGCUCCAGUGACAUAUUCAGUUCAGUUUCAAAAUGGCGGCUUUUCACUGAGCGAUCUAAUAUAUAUUUAACACAGUUUCGUUGAAUUUUCAAAGAAUUGUGCCGGUUUCCUAUGGAUUUUUACGUUGUGUCGCACUCUGGCCUUUCUUGCGUGUUGAAUUAGUGUGUUUUUCUUUGUGUAACGACUCGAAAACUCCAAAAUUUGGUCCCAGCGAAUUUAUACAAUAUAGUGGAAUAUAAACAAGGACAAGUUAAAGGUUUGACAGUUUGACUUUUUAAUUAACAAGUAUAAAUAUACGUUGUACGUAGGCUCAUAAACAUGCUUUAUGCUCUUGUAUUUAUUUGCAUAAUUAUAAAUUUACACCUAAUUACAUUAAUUUGCGCCAAAUUACUUUCUAAUUCAUCAUAUAUUACUAUAAAAUGUAUGUUUUCGAUUGUAUUCAGCGAGGUGGCGUUGCGUGCGGCGAAUUGAAACGUGAUACGAUUCGAUUUGUUUUUGGAACAAGAUCCAACUCCCCCCCCCCCUCACUUUUAAUUCUCAAAUUGUUUAUUAGAGGCUUACUGUAGUUUACGAAACGAAACAAAACGAAAUCUGCAGUUUGCGAAAUCUGCAGUUUGCGAAAUCUGUAAUUUGCGGCGAAAUCUGUAAUUUGCAAAAUCUGCAGUUUGCGAAAUCUGUAAUUUGCGAAAUAUCUAUAGUUUAGGGUAAAAUAAAUAAUGUUCACAUGUUCCGAGGGCGAGGGUGAGGCGUCAGCAGUACAAUUAAAUUCUGUGCAAGUUAACCUAGUUAAUUAAGAACCUACCUGACUACACAAAGUCAUAAUUGCGAUAAAACGUUAUCACAAUAAAUUGCUUUACUUGUAUUAGUUAUAUUUCAGUGGCAGUGUCAAAUAAACUUCUUUAUAUAAUUAUAUAUCUGAGACUGCAAAAUGUAAAAGUUUAAGAUUGAAAAUACACCAUUGCCAGCAAAUUGAUUGGAAAUUUUGCCCUGACUAUGGGAUUUUCCCGGAAAUUCUUCAGGUCAAGUGGAUCGCAGCCGCGAGGUUUGACAUAAAAAUGAUGGUGAUCGCAUCGAAAACUUUCUAAAAGGUAAACAGUUUUUUGACUUUCUGCUAUAUGUUUUCUCAAACUGCAAAUUUGAAUAGCAAACUAUCUAGAGAUUUCGCAAACUGCAGAUUUCGCAAAUUACAGAUUUCGCAAAUUACAGAUUUCGCAAAUUACAGUUUCGCAAAGUGCAGAUUUCAUUUCGUUUCGUAAACUACAGUAAGCCUUUAUUAGAUGUUUACUGGUUGGGGUUAGAGAAGGGCUUCGGGUUGGGAUCAGUUUAUCUUAUAAAUGGAAGCAAAUUGCAGUGGCGUAACUACUAUGGGUUCGGACCGGGAGAACCCGGGGGCCCCCCACCCCAAUGGGCCAAAUGGGGGCCCCCAGGCUCAGGCUACAGAGAAAAACCUUAUAUGUUACAAUGUCGUUUUCUGACUGUCAGAAUUCUGUAAAAUCUCUCCUCAAAGUCCGGGAAAUGGUAUUUCAGAGACUCUAGAUUCAAAAAUAUUCUGGGUGAGCAUGCUCUGGACCCCCUAGAAAACUCGUGCAUAUAUGGCACUCGACUUUUGCCUUUGGCACUUCUACUAGGGGGCCUUCGAAAAUUUUGAACUGGGGGCCCCCUGAUAUAACGUUACGCCACUGGCAAAUUGGCGUAUUUUUCAGAAGAAUCGUCUACAUCUAUGAACUCUUUAGCACCUGAAACUAGCCAUAUAACGGCAUUAAAAAUAAAGGACUAUAAUUUCUUCGCUAUUAUUGGCCCGUCAUUAUUCACGGUUGGUAGUUGAUGAUCAUAGUAUUACAGUGGGCCUGGCUUGUCAGGUUGAGUUGCCCGUAGCCGGAGGGUACGUCUGAGCCGGCGUCUUGGUAUAUUAUGGUUGAUAGUUGCUGAUCAUGAUUGUAUUUAUUGGUUGUAUUUAUACGAUCCAGUAUCCCUAUGAUCCUGUAUCCCUAUCUACCUCUCUACUACACAUUACACCCAGUACCACGAAAGUUGCCAUUUUCAGGCCAGUGUGAACGCCUGAGCAGGCGUCUUGUUUCAGAAUUAAUUCGAACCCUGAAUUACACCUCAAUAAAAAUAAUAAUAAUCCUGAAUAAAUCCUCGGACUUGGAAAUCUGUCUGUGUUAAAUGUAAAAGGGCUAGAUCCCUUGAUGGUGUUUUAAACUGUUGUUAGUUGUCAGUUUAGCCAUUUUGUAAUUGUGUUGUUCUACUUAGAAUGUUUCGUUAAUCAAUUAUUUGAACGUUAUUUUGUAUGUAAAUAUUAGGGGAUCGCCGUAAUUGGGGGGAACCUAUGGCGAACUAACCUGAGUAUCAGGCCCUUAUGUUUUCAUUCGCCAGGAUUAAUUGGCGACGGCGAAUGUAAAAUAGAGCCCGAUACUCAGGUUAAUGGCGAACUCCCAGGCACUACAUUGUUGUAUUUUUAGGUAGUUGCCGAAUCUUAUUAAAUCAUUAUUAAAUCACACCUCAUUGCCUGAUUUUCUCUUUGAUCUGAGGUUCUCCAGAGGGACGUUCAUUACUACGGGUGUCCGUAUGAAAUUUGUUUAAGUUAACCAUACAUAAGCCCACCCGUGUAUAAGCCCACCCGUGUAUAAGCCCACCCAUGUACAGUAUACACGCAUAAAAAAUGUUACGGUAUUGAUGUUUCUUGUCAUUCAUUUAGCCCUAAAAAUAAAAAAGCUAAAAAGCAUAUUGAUGAUUACAUUGACUGGGCCGGCCCUUUGCCUAGAGGUUUAGAGCCUUUGUCAGGCUCCACAUUUAAACAUUGUUCUUGUGAUAUUUGAAGGAUCGUUGUCAAAGAGAUUCUUGUAAAUACUUUCAUCCACCACAUCAUAUCAAACUACAACUUGAGGCAAAUGGUCGUCUUUUGAAACAACAUAAACAACAACUUCAAGCUAUGGCUUCUCAAAAUAUGAUACAAACCCCAGCCACUGUGGUAAGUACUGUUUACAGUAGAUCUAUUUAUUUUUACUUAUAAAAUGAUUAAAGAAUAACGCUUGAUUAAUUUAAUUAUAUAUUACUGUACAUAAAACUAAAGUAUACACCUGUACAAUAUGUAUUCUGAACAUUUGUUAAAUAUCAGCUUAGCGAGACAGCAGAUAAUUAUUAUAGAGACUGGAAUUUCUCUUCUGUAUGUUCUUAAGAAGGAUAAGUUGAAAGAGACAACACAUAAUCUUUUACUAAAUGUUCGAUCAAGGCCUUUUUUUAUGAGAGACUGUUAUUAUUGCAAGAACAUAAGCUGUGACAUGAGGUGAAUGAAUUACUUUAUAAAACAGAUUUUAUGAUUUAUUUUUAAGAUCACUGAGUCAAAACUCUCGUUUACUUGGCCAAGAACACAGAAGAUAAUUAAUAUGAUUUAAGUAAAUGUUUUUAUGAAGAAAAUUUAAGAACAAAAUUUUACAGUUAUCUUUUGACUUAAUUUUGAGCAUUUAUGUAUGGUUGGAGCAGCCUGGCAGGAUACAUUGCAUUUAUCUAAAUUUACAUGACCACAGUAAUUUUGUUACACUGUAUUUAGCACUGGCAUACAUGUAUGUACAGCAUGAAAUUACAUUGUUUAUUUUAUUAAUAUGGAUUAUGGACAUUGGGUACAUUCCUAUCUAUGAUACAAAAACUAAGAAACAAGAGAACUAAUAAUAAUAUAUACAGUAUAUGCAGGCCUUAAAAUAUCGGUCGGUCACGGACAUUGUCCGACCCAUUCGUGAAAUUGUCCGACGUAGAGAGGAAACCACCGGACAUUCUGACUGACCUAAGUGAAACUGAGGUUUAUUGUUUGUCCGACCUGAGUGUAUUGGUGUCCGACCUAACUGUAGCUUUGUCCAACGUAAAUCAAAAUGUACCUCAGAGUCAGUCCAGGACUAGAGGCUCGUAUGUUAAAUAGAGAAUCAGAGUACUAUUGUAUAAAAGGUGAACUGGAAAUGUUGUUUUAACGUAGUCGAGCGCGGGGUGGCGAGCGAAAUGGUGAAGUGGAAACCGGGCUUAAGUUGUCGAAGUCUUUUUUAAUACUGCUGUUCUGGAAAGCAAGUUAAUUUUGGCUUGGAAAUGAGUAUGAAAGAAACAAAUUAUUUAAUAUUUUGACAACAGUUACCGUUCAGAAGUAAUACAUUGUGCUGAUAUUCAUUUGUGUCAUUCAGACUUAUUUCCGAGUCAAAACUGAACUGAAGGUCAUCGGACAUAUGUCCGACCCAAACUCAACGUCAUCGGACAUUUUGUUAGACGGCCCUGUAAAAGAUAUUUUAAGGCCUGCAGUAUAUGUGAAAUACUUAGGGUGACUGAUUGAUAGUAUAACCUUAUAUGGAAAUAUCAUAUAAGUCGCAUAGCUUGUAAAAUAAGCAAGUCAAUAGGUAUUAUUGUUAGAUUUUAACAGACAAUUUGUUCCCACUAGUACUUUGAUAAAUAUUUAGUCUAUAAUUUUACUGUGCAUUUCGUAUAUGGUAUUGUUUUAUGGGCUCAAGCAGUGGAGAUACCGUACAUAUCAAUAAAAUCUUGAAGUUUCGAAAACGAGCGCAUCGACUUAUAUAUUUUGGCGAGUACAUAUAUCUUACGCACUAAUUCUUAUCUGCUAAUAUUAACCUUACUUUUUCCAAUGCUUUACUUCAAACUAUAUCUACUUUAAUGCAUGACAUAUCUAAUAAUUUAGUGCCAACAAAUAUAUCUAACUUGUCCGUUUUGUCAAAAGAAAUGCACGUAAAUAUAAAUAUGUCUGUGUCACUUCAUUAUUAUUACUUGCAAUUUUAUAUUCAACAUUUAGCUUCCACUGAACACAUUGCAAGGUUCAGCUGGUGUGAGUGCCUUCCCUUUAACGUUUGUCUCAAGUCCUUUGUUGACAUCAUCUCCUCGGAAUGCACCUGCUGUUGCAACUACAAACUCAAACUGGAGAACUGAGAAGGUUCUUCCUUAUCUAGAGGUAAGGCAAGGUUUUUCUAUGGUGCUAUUCAAUUAUGUCUUGAAUAUCCAGGCUAAGGAAACAUUGCUAACUCCUAACAUUGCUUUAAUUGAAGAAAAAAAUUAUGAACUAAGAUAAAUCUGUUGAAGCGAAACUCAAGGACAUGAUCUUGUUGUUGCAAUGUAGCUUUUCCUGAUUGGAUAGAAGGUCACCAUUGUGAUGUUUCAACAUAAUCAAAGGGAAAAGGAAACAUUACAUUCACUUUUUCUUAGGGAUCAAUAACAUAAUUGAAACUGACCCUGUUACUGUCUUUUAUGUUAAUGAAAUUUUAAGAUUUAAAGCAAAAUUGUUGUCACUGACGCAUAUAAAAUUACGUAGGAAAAAUUUACUUUCUCCUUGAGAAAACCAUUUUCUUGUUUUCUCAAAGGUUUGUCAUGAUUAUAUAAAUGGUGUUUGUUCAUCAAGUGAGUCGCAAUGCUCGGCAGCACAUCCGCCAUUGGAGCUUCUUCGCGAUCGAAGUCAAAAGAGAAUUACUGUUUGUAUGGAUUUUGUGAAGGGAAGAUGUAAGAGAGAUUCGUGUCGAUAUUUUCAUCCACCCACACAUUUACAGGGAAAAUUGAAAACAGUGAAGAUAAGUCAGAGUCAACUAAGUGUUGUAAGUAUUUUUAGAACCACUGAGUGUUUUAACAAAAUACAAAACAAGUGU